CGCGGGCACUUCCGCGGAGCCGGGCUGGCGGACAGGCUCGGGCUCUCUGCUUGCGGCGCGUCCUCGCCAGCCGUCGUGGCGCCGCGGAAACCCUUUCCCCGUCGUGUGGACGGGUACAGCUGCUCCCAUGCGCUGCCAGCAGCUCCCGGGGCCUCCGCAGCCGGCAACCAGGACUGGGGUAGCGGGGCGCAGGCCGGGGAGAGCCGAACGCUCCUGCUGGCUUGGCCAGCGGGCACCCGCCUGCGAAGGGGAUUCGGGUCUGGCCGCCGCCUGGCCCUUUAAAGAGGCGGGGCCCCUGCGCUGACGUCACGGGCAGGCCCGAGUGUUGGCGGCGCGGCCUGUGGCCAGUCGCAAGCGAUACAGAGUAGCGAGCGGAGCCUUAAAGGGGCCACGCUCGCCGCCAGCCUAGGACGGGAGGCCCAUCGCCGCGCCUCGGGGCUGCCGCACCCCGCCGGGCAUGGUGGCUUCUCCCGCCGACGCCGCUUGCUGCUUCGGCUCCCGCCGCUGCCAGCCUGCCGGGCUGGGGCCAUGCUAGGCCCGCAGGGAGCGCCCCUUCUGCUGCUGCUGUUGCUGCCGCCACCGGGGCCAGGGUCGUGGUGGUGGUCCGGGGCGGCGGCGGCGGGCGGCGACGUCAAGAGAGUCGUGCAGAAGGAGGCCGACUUCGACAAACUCUACACAGACACCGUCAACGGCCAGCUGCUCAACAUCUACGCCUUUAACCACACUGUCACGCGGAACCGGACCGAGGGCGUCCGAGUGUCGGUGAACGUGCUCUCGGAGCAGAAGGAGACACCUGUGCUCUUCGUGGUGCGGCAGAAGGAGGCCGUGGUGUCCUUCCAGGUGCCGUUAAUCCUCAGGGGCCUGUACCAGCGAAAGUACCUCUACCAGGAUGUCAGCCGCACCUUGUGCCAGCCCCAGACCAAGACUGAAAUGGAGAUGCAGUUUUUCUUUGUUGACGUUUCCACACUCUCCUUGAACAAUACCUCCUAUCAGCUGCGGGUCACUCGGGUGGAGAGCUUUGUGCUCAGAACAAGCGAGCACUUCAUCUUCAAUGCCACAGCAGCCCAGCCACAGUAUUUCAAGUACGAGUUCUCGGAGGACGUGGGCUCGGUGAUUGUGAAGGUGACCUCAGCCAUGGCCUUCCCCUGCUCUGUCAUUUCCAUCCAGGACAUCCUGUGCCCCGUCUACGACCUGGACAAUAACGUGGCCUUCAUUGGCAUGUACCAGACCAUGACCAAGAAGGCAGCCAUCACGGUGCAGAAGAAGGAUUUUCCCAGCCAUAGUUUCUACGUGGUGGUCGUGGUGAAGACUGAGGACGAAGCUUGUGGAGGGGCGCUGCAUUACUACCCCUUUUCCAAAGACGAGCCUGUUGACCAAGGCAACCGCCAGAAGACCCUGGACGUUGUGGUGUCACCAGCUGUCAAUUCACAGGUCUAUGUGAACGGGAUGCUCUUUUGCCUGGGGGUCUUCCUCUCGUUCUACAUGCUGACGGUGCUCAUUGCCUGCUGGGAGAACUGGAGGCAACAGAAGAAGAAGCAGCUACACCAGCUGGGCCUCUUGGCUGCCGUAGACACACCCAGCACUGAAGCUGGGCAUCCCCACAUCACCCCAGACUCCUUCCUGGGGCACCAGCCUUACAAUGGCUACAGUUAUGGUUCCUUUGACAAUGGUUCCACGGCCAGCACCGAAAACGUUACCGACAGCCUGCUCUCCACAGAAGCAUCGUACAGUUACACAGGGCAGGAUGCGUGUCAGCACCGGCAGAGACACUGGGCCAUUGCAAUGGAUCGCUCCCUGGAGAACAUGGCUGGGCGCCCGCGGCUCGACUCGCUCAGCUCUGUGGAAGAAGAUGACUAUGACACCCUGGCCGACAUCGACUCGGACAAGAACGUCAUCCGCACCAAGCAAUACCUGUACGUGGCGGAUCUGGCCCGCAAGGACAAGCGGGUGCUGCGAAAGAAAUACCAGAUUUACUUCUGGAAUAUAGCCACCAUUGCUGUGUUCUAUGCUUUGCCUGUCAUCCAGCUGGUCAUCACCUAUCAGACGGUAGUGAACGUUACUGGGAACCAAGACAUUUGCUACUACAACUUCCUGUGUGCCCACCCCCUGGGCAACCUCAGCGCCUUCAACAACAUCCUCAGCAACAUGGGCUACAUCCUGCUCGGGCUCCUGUUCCUACUCAUCAUUCUGCAGCGCGAGAUCAACUACAACCGGGCACUGAUGCGCAACGACCUGCAGGCUGUGGAGUGUGGCAUCCCCAAGCACUUUGGCCUCUUCUACGCCAUGGGCACCGCCCUCAUGAUGGAGGGGCUCCUCAGCGCCUGCUACCACGUCUGCCCCAACUACACUAACUUCCAGUUUGACACCUCUUUCAUGUACAUGAUUGCCGGCCUCUGCAUGCUGAAGCUGUACCAGAAGAGGCACCCGGACAUCAACGCCAGUGCCUACAGCGCCUAUGCCUGCCUAGCCAUCGUCAUCUUCUUCUCUGUCGUGGGGGUGGUCUUUGGGAAGGGCAACACAGCCUUCUGGGUCGUCUUCUCAGUCAUCCACAUCCUCUCCACUCUGCUGCUGAGCACGCAGCUCUACUACAUGGGGCGCUGGAAACUGGACUCUGGGAUCCCACGCAGGAUCUUCAAUGUGCUUUACACGGACUGCAUCCGCCAGUGCAGUGGGCCCAUGUAUGUGGAUCGGAUGGUGCUUCUGGUGAUGGGCAACGUCAUCAACUGGUCCCUGGCUGCCUAUGGCCUCAUCGUGCGGCCCAACGACUUUGCCUCCUACCUGCUGGCCAUCGGCAUCUGCAAUCUCCUGCUCUACUUCGCCUUCUACAUUAUCAUGAAGCUGCGGAGUGGCGAACGCCUCAAACUGAUCCCGCUGCUUUGCAUUGUUUGCACUUCCGUCGUCUGGGGCUUUGCCCUCUUCUUCUUCUUCCAAGGCCUGAGCACCUGGCAGAAAACACCGGCUGAAUCCCGCGAGCAUAACCGAGACUGCAUCCUGCUCAACUUCUUUGAUGACCACGAUGUCUGGCACUUCCUCUCAUCCAUUGCCAUGUUUGGCUCCUUCCUGGUAUUGCUGACUCUGGAUGAUGAUCUUGAUUGUGUCCAGCGUGACAAGAUCUAUGUCUUCUAGAGGCUGGAUUCCGAUCAGGCGCUUGGUGGCCUCUCGCCCAUGGGAUGGGCACAAGGCCUCUCCUGUCUCUGCUGGUUUGGGGACAGGCCUCGCAAGGGCACCUGGCCAGAGCCAGGAUCUGCAGCAGGCGUCCCUUCCCGUUUAACUGCGUCCUGAAGAGCCUGCGGAAGCGAGCGAGGCUGGUGCAGGGCUUGUGCACACCCGGCUCUUUCAGCAUGUGCAUCUUCAUGGGGCUUGCUGCUGCCACAGCCAUUAGGCAGCUUGGGAUGUUGCUUGCCUUGCGUCUCGGAGAAGAGCUCUGGAUGAGGGGCAGUCCCUGCCAGGCUCUCUUGGUUCUGCUGGGCCAGUCUUUCAAGAGAAUCAGCACCUCAUUGGCGGCCUCCCCCUGAGGGUGGCCAGUGUGCCUGCCUGCUCCCCUCAGAGGAGGCUGGCCUGAGCAGUCCUGAAGUUGCCACCCCACCCUGGCAAUGUGGCGCAGGGCCUGGGGCUGUGGGGAAAGCCAGACUCCUUGUAGGGGGAGGGGCCUUGUUGUUAGGGGCCAAACCAGGGGCUUGCAUGUGUAGCACCAGGGUCAUGAGUGGGCGGGCAGCAGGGAUGAGGGGAGAGGGCAAACUGGUGCCUGUUUGGGGAGCCCUCACCCUGGGAGGACUGUGAAUGCCCGUAGCCCAGCUCCACAUCCUCAUGUACACUUUGCCAACCCUAACGAAGCACAUCUUCCUGUGUGCAGCUGAGGCAAAGCUGCCUCCUCCUCUCUCUGGAGAGUGACGUCUGACACCAGUGAUGAUGCCACACCUGGUGCUCUUCCUUCCUUCCUUCCUUCCUUCCAAGCGUGGCCUUUCUGGGGGAGGGGGGGUGCAGUGGAUCCUCUUGCCAACAAAAAAAUGCCUCCCUUCUUCUGGGCAACAGCCAUGCCCAGGAAGAGGAGCCUGUUCCUCUCUGUCCUUGAAGCACACUGUGAGGGGGGGCUCUUCCAUGCCUCAUAUGGGGUGUCAAGCUGGGCUCUGUCUGCUUCUUAUUGUCCGUCCUCCCCAGCCCUGCCACUGGGUAGGACUUGGCAGCUGAGUCGCCCCAGACAGUUUACUUUGCACUGCCUGAAGUUUGCUCCUUUUACUCUUGUUUUCUGCCCAGAGCUGGAAUCUGAUCCAGGAGCCGCUCCUCUGUUUUUCAUGAUAUGAGCUACGCAGAGAUAGCCAUUCUCUUAAUCCCAGUUAAGGGUGGCCACGCUGGCCUGCAAGCCAAAGGGCUGCCUCAGUGGCCGAGGGAAGGCCACCAGUGGAGAAGGACACACACACAACCACUGCGCUAUUUCUGGGGAGGAGUUGCACUCCUCUCCCUCCUAUGUUUGUCCACUCCUGGUUAUGGAUUGUGGAUUGGUUUUUUUUGUUUUUUUAAAUCAUUCUCCAUGUAAAACGUUGCAGAACAAAAUUACAGUGUUCAUUUCUAUGAAUUCAGCUGCCAAAUGCAAAGAGAUAAAAGACAGCCGUGCUUUGCC